GGCGUCCUUUGCCAUGUCCUCUAACCGGCGGCCGCAGGCGCCCGGCGCCGUGCUGGCGCAUGCGCUGUGCUGCCCCGCGUCCGGCGGUGGGUGGCGGAGCGGGGCGCUUGGCGCAGCGCAGCCAUGGCGGGGGCGCUGAGGAAGACCACUGGACUUGUAGGAUUGGCUGUAGCUGAAAACCCUCAUGAGCGCCUGCGAAUACUGUACACAAAAAUCCUUGGUGUCCUGCAAAACAUUCCCAAAGAUGCAGCAUAUAGGAAAUACACUGAGCAGAUUGUAAAUCAGCGAUUUAAUUUGGUGCAAACGGAGACUGAUGUGCAAAAACUACAGGACAAACUGAAUAGUGGUCACAUAGAAGAAGUUAUUGUACAGGCUGAAAAUGAGCUUUCCCUGGCAAGAAAAAUGAUACAGUGGAAACCAUGGGAGCCUCUAGUUGAAGAACCUCCUUCUGACCAGUGGAGAUGGCCAAUAUAAUUUUCAAAAUGGUGUAACAUCUUGAAAGUGGAAGAAAAAAAAAAAAAGGUUAAUUACUAAUCUAUUGUUACUGACAGCUAUCUUUAAAUUAAAGAUAAUAACUUCAUAAAAACAUGUUUUGUCCUAAUGUUCGCUUAUAUUUAGCAAUCUAAAGACUGCUUUCAGUUUGUUGCAAAGAUGGUUGUAAAAAAAUUCUUUUCACCUGUUCUACAACCUUUGGUUUAUUUCCUUUUGUAAUUUAUUAGUAACAGGGUAUUUGUGCCUCAUUCCGUGCUAUUUUUUAUAAUCUGUAUUUGUAUGUUAACAAAUACAGAUAUUAUAGGCCAUUUGAAAUCAAAAGUUGUAGAAAAGUAUGAUCCUGCCCUUUUCUCCCACCUUUGGUUGUGUAUUUUUGCCAGCCACUGCCAGUGUCUUUGUGACCAUGCAGAUACUGAGAUCAGGGAUCUGAUGUAAUGAAAACUUGGCUUACCAAAACCAACACUUUUUUAGAUUCCAGCUGAAUCACUGUCUUGAACUGGCUGACUUUGCUGCCCACAUAGAUGCUAAUUCUGACUCAGGGGAAGCCCUGGGAAUACCCAGGAUUGGAGGGGUGAGGGGGAGAAGGAAGACUACCCUUGAGGUGACAGCAGGAACAGCUUUUUUGGUUAGCAGGUAGGUUACCAUACUUAACAUAAUACACAUGGCACAAACUUUAGUAUUGGGGUCUUACAAAGGCUUUGUAUAUAAGCAUGUAUAUACUUUAUCGAUUUAUUUGUAUAUUAUUGAUUCAGACCUUGAAUAUUAAUUAGUAAUAUGAAAAAAAUAGUGGAUCUUUCUUGACACAUCUGGCUAGGUUCUUUCAAACAUUUAAAUGGAAACAGUGCCUGCCUCUUCUGAAAACUUCUGUUUACAGAUUUAAGCUUAUAAGCCCCGAUUAAAAUACCCAAACUAGAUCU